AGUUGAUUCUCCAGCGUCGGUCGACAUGGAACGUUGGCAUAAUCGGGUGGCCGUGGUGACCGGAGCCAGUUCGGGGAUUGGGGCCGAGUUGGCCAGGAAGCUGAUCGCUGCUGGCGUGGUGGUGGUGGCUCUGGCUCGGCGCCUCGAGCGCCUGGAGCAGCUGUCCCAGGAGUUGGGCCCGCAGCUCCACAUCCGCCAGUGCGAUGUCACGGACUUGGAGUCGGUGAACGCCGCCUUCGACUGGGUCGAGGAGCGACUGGGCGGCGCUGACAUACUGAUCAAUAAUGCCGGCAAGCUGUCGGGCGGCCAGCUGCUGACCAUGGCCUUGGACACGGUCCAGCAGGUGCUGCAGACGAACGUCAUGGGCGUGGUCUACUGCACCCAACGCGCCUUCCAGUCGAUGCGGCAGCGCUCGGCGUCCGGCCAUGUGGUGCUCCUCAAUAGCGUCGUGGGCCACUAUCUGUUCAACCCGCUGCCGGGCAGCCAGCAGGAGCUCAACAUGUAUCCUGCCACCAAGCACGCGGUGACCGCCCUCACAGAGCUCUUUCGCCAGGAGAUGCGCGAGUUCAAGACCCAAGUGAAGGUUACGAGCAUCAGUCCGGGCCUGGUGGACACAGAGAUGGUGCCAGAGGCCUACAAAUGCCUGCCCAUGCUGCAGGCCGAGGAUGUGGCCAAUGCCAUCAUGUACGCCCUGGCGACCCCAGCCCAUGUACAGGUGCACGAGCUGACCAUCAAGCCCCUGGGCGAGCCAUUUUGAGUGACAUCAAUAUUGUUGAACUCUGCACUUUGCAUACAUUAGCCCAUGCACAACUACACAUGAGCAUAUCUAUAGGCACCGAGCACAUCCCGUCCUCUUUUUGCAUAAUUCAAAGGCCGGCCCCAGGGGUUUAGUCGGGCGAGAAUAGACGAUGGGUAAAACCCAAGAACGAGUGUCCGUAAGACACUUACGGAUUCUGGGGAAUAUUCGAAAUGAGCAUCGUCUAACGCUUUGAAGAUCGAUAUAAAUUAUCCCAUAAAUACCAGGGUCCGUAAAAAAUCAUAAUUGUUUAUUUUUGUAGCCGAAAAGAAGAUAAUAUAUGUAUCGGUGAGUUGUACAAAUAAAGCGUAUCUUUAGCCUUUGAGCAGAAAUUA